AUGGACAAGGUUCUACAAUCGAUUUACCCCUGCAUGACUGCUGCAGAUUUUCUUUCGAACUCUAAACGAGUUGUCCAAGCCAUCGUGCUGUGGAAAGAGUGCUUAACAUUCCUAAAUAGCAAACACUUAGAAAAAGAAUAUGACCUUGCCAGAAAAGUCAGUAUGGUGCUGUACAAUAGGCUCUGUCAUGGUUAUGCUGCUAUUUACAAACUUUCUCCGGCUAUAGAAUCUGGCAAAAAACUUUCAGUCCUACUUCGUAAAUGUAACAGAAAAAAGGAGGAAGGUGACACAGCCUGGAUGUUAGCAAGACUCUACUACCAAAAAAGUGAAUACAAGGAAGCACAAGAAUAUCUUCAGAAAGCACUUAACAUCAAGACAGAAAUUGGCGACAAACACGGAGAAGCGUCAUGCUACAUAAGCCUAGGAAACGUGUUUCAGUCUGUCGGAGAAUAUGCCAAGGCUGAAGAAUAUCUUCAGAAAGCACUUAACAUCAACAGAGAAAUUGGCGACAAACACGGAGAAGAAUCAUGCUACAUAAGCCUAGGAAACGAGUUUCAGUCUGUCGGAGAACAUGCUAAGGCUGAAGAAUAUCUUCAUAAAGCACUUACCAUCAAGACAGCAAUUGGCGACAAUCACGGAGAAGGGUCAUGCUACAUAAACCUAGGAAACGUGUUUCAGUCUGUCGGAGAAUAUGCCAAGGCUGAAGAGUAUCUUCAGAAAGCACUUACCAUCACGACAGAAAUUGGCGACAAACACGGACAAGCGUCAUACUACAUAAACAUAGGAAAGGUGUUUCAUUCCGUCGGAGAAUAUGCCAAGGCUGAAGAAUAUCUUCAGAAAGCACUUACCAUCAACACAGAAAUUGGCGACAAAGACGGAGAAGCGACAUGCUACGGAAACCUAGGAAACGUGUUUCAUUCUGUCGGAGAAUAUGCCAAGGCUGAAGAAUAUCUUCAGAAAGCACUUACCAUCACGAAAGAAAUUGGUCGCAGAGACGGAGAAGCGUCAUGCUACACAAGCCUAGGAAUCGUGUUUCUAUCUGUCGGAGAAUAUGCCAAGGCCGAAAAAUAUCUUCAUAAAGCACUUACCAUCAACACAGAAAUUGGCGCCAAACGCGGAGAAGCGACAUGCCACGGAAACCUAGGAAACGUGUUUCAGUCUGUCGGAGAAUAUGCCAAGGCUGAAGAAUAUCUUCAUAAAGCACUUACCAUCAAUACAGAAAUUGGCGACAAACGCGGAGAAGCGACAUGCUACAUAAGCCUAGGAAACGUGUUUCAUUAUGUCGGAGAAUAUGCCAAGGCUAAAGAAUAUCUUCAGAAAGCACUUGCCAUCAUGACAGAAAUUGGCGACAAACACGGAGAAGCGUCAUGCUACAUAAGCCUAGGAAACGUGUUUCAGUCUGUCGGAGAAUAUGCCAAGGCUGAAGAAUAUCUUCAUAAAGCACUUACCAUCAAGACAGAAAUUGGCGACAAACACGGAGAAGCGUCAUGCUACAUGAACCUAGGAAACGUGUUUCAGUCGGUCGGAGAAUAUGCCAAGGCUGAAGAAUAUCUUCAUAAAGCACUUACCAUCAAUACAGAAAUUGGCACCAGACGCGGAGAAGCGACAUGCUACAUAAGCCUAGGAAACGUGUUUCAGUCGGUCGGAGAAUAUGCCAAGGCUGAAGAAUAUCUUCAUAAAGCACUUACCAUCAAGACAGAAAUUGGCGCCAAACGCGGAGAAGCGACAUGCUACGGAAAACUUGGAUUUUUGUGUCUAACUAUCGGUGAACAUGCCAGGGCUGAAGAAUAUUUUAAAGAAGCUAUUCAAAUUGGCAAGGACACUGGAGACAUUGAAGUGCAGUUUUCUAGUCACCUAAACCUAAAUUAUUGUUCUUUAGCAUUAACAGGAAACGCAUCUGAAGCGUUAUCGAAUCUCCUUGCUAGCAUUGAGAAGUGCGAGAGAAUGCUUAAGUUUCUAGGAAACAAUGAUCGAUACAAGAUAUUAUUUUUUGAUGAGCACGCGUCCCCCUAUCGACUGUUUAGUUUACUGUGUUCUUCUUCUGGGAAACACUAUGAGGCUUUACACGUUGUUGAGCUUGGAAGAGCCAGAGCUCUAGCAGACCUAGUAUCAGAUCGGUAUUUUGUGGAGAAAGAAGUAUCUCUCAAUCCAGAAUCGUUUGCUGGCAUCUUGAAGAUCAUCGAAGAAAGUAGUAACAGAACGUGUCUAUACAUUUCCUACCAUGGUGAAGAUAUAUUUCUUUGGACUGUAAAACAAAGCAAGCCGAUAGCUUUCCGAAAAACGAAAGUUUGUGAAAGCUAUGUUAGCAAGCACGGAACAAUCUCUGUGGAAGACCUUUUCAAACAGGAAAGCUUAUUAAGAAACGUUCACGUUUUACCUCAAGAGCAAUGCGAGGAAGAAGAAAACACAGACCCUGAACCGCUAACACUUCUUCAGGUUUACAACAUGUUGAUUGCUCCCGUAAGUGACUUGCUCGAAGGCUCUGAAAUCAUUGUUGUUCCUGAUCGCUGCUUAUUCCAAGUUCCGUUUGCAGCAUUACAUGAUGAAAGCAACCGAUAUUUAUCAGACACUUUCAGGAUACGCAUUGUCCCUUCUUUGACGACUCUCAAGCUCAUUCUGGACAGUCCAGCGGGCUCUCACAGCGAAACUGGUGCAUUGAUUGUUGGUGAGCCAAGCGUGAGGGAUGUGUAUUUCAAGGGAGAGUCAAGGUAUCUCUGUCCAUUGCCUGGCGCGAAAGCGGAAGCAGAGAUGAUUGCAAGACUACUACCUGAAUCUCACCUUUUAAUAGGAGAGCAAGCAACAAAGCAGGCAGUUCUUCAGAGAAUACCUCCAGUGAGUCUCGUACAUUUCGCUGCUCAUAGUUAUGCCGAAAAAGGAGAAAUUGCUCUUAGCCCUCCUGACUCCGCAAUGCGUCCUCCACAUGAAGCAGACUACUUACUGACAAUGACCGACAUCUCACAAGUUAGACUGUCAGCCAAACUGGUGGUCCUUAGCUGUCCCUAUACCGCAAGUGGACAGAUCAAAACAGAAGGCGUUGUUGGAAUCGCUCGAGCAUUCUUAGGAUCGGGUGCACGAUCAGUAAUGGUGGCAUUGGGGAACUUACAAGACGAUGCAACAGAGCAGUUCAUGAGAAGAUUCUACGAAAAUCUUGUCCAAGGAGAAAGUGCAAGUGAAUGUCUUCACCGGGCCAUGAAGUGGAUGCGAAAUAACGGUUUCCCUGAAGUGAGGCAGUGGGCACCUUUCAUGUUGAUUGGGGAUGACGUGUCAUUUCACUUUGGUGAAGAAAAGUGA